AUGCUUACUGCACCGUUGAUAUUGGAGCUCAUAACCAGUCGUACAUCCAGUUUGUUGUCGUUGGUUAUAUGCUGUGAAAGAUUUAUUGCGGUUUUCAAACCUCUGAAAGUCAAACUGUGGGUAACUCCUAAACGGAUGAUAUUUUCUGUAGUAGCUAUUACAGUAAUCGUAAUCGGACUUCUUGCUUUGAUGACUAUUGUCUCUAUAUACAUCGUAUGUCUUCUUCCCGGAAGUAUUUUCCUUGCUCUUUCAUUGAUAGAUAAAAGGUUCUCACCAAGUGGAGAAUUUGGUAAUGAGUUUCGCGUGGCUAGCUCCAUAACCACGUUUCUUGAGGUAUUUAAUUCUUCUGCUAAUUUUGUGGUUUACGUAGUGAUGAACAAAAAGUUCUCAAAUAUCCUUGUUCAGAUGCUGUGUGGCUUCCGAAAGAAAAAUAGAAGAAAUGAUCAUGGGGUGGUCGGAUCAAACGUAACAUUAAGUAGCACAUUAGGUUGAUCAUGAGUAUCACAAUGACUUAAACGACGAGAAUCGUGUAUAGUGCAUUUCCUACUGCAUAGUACUCUUGUUGUAGAUAUUGAACUUAAAGAUGCAUUAAGUAUGAGCUGAAUCUGCCUAUUGCAGAUCUUUCAUUUGUCCACAAAUAUAAACAACCCACUA